UCGAUCUGGGCGUGACAUGUCCCUCCGUGAUCGGGAGAGUCCUGCCAACCGACUGCCAUUGGGAAAAAGGACAUCUUUUUUUCCACAAUUUUCACAAAACCAUGAUUCUACUGCUGUGUCGCUGAGUCGACAAGGUGCCGUCUCAUCCGCUGAAACACGGACCAGACAUCGACGGCGGAGUUGUUGGUUCACGCCCACGGGAAAUAAUGCCACCAAUCAAACGCUGGGCUAUAGCUUUGAGACGCAGGACUUAUGUACCCUACGCUUUGCCACAAACCGAGGCGUAUCCGAUUUCCUCCCGCCAGACGGAGUCCUAUCAAAGUAUCCCAGCCAGACAGAAUCGUGUCCUAGCAGGAUCGAGGCGCACCAAUUACAAGAUCGAACAUAA